AUGUUAAAUGGAGAACAUGAUUUUCUGCACAUAUUGCGGAAAGAGUUUCACUCGGAAGGAACAUCUAGAGAGGCAUAUACCAAGUCAGAUCUUCUACAAAGACAUCACUCCACAUAUCAUGAGGCCAAAGAUCCUAUGGAGCCAUUGCCGGGUGGUGUUCCAACAGUCAACGGCCGAACACCGAUUGCAUGUAUCAAUUGCGCUAGUGCAAAGACAGGUUGCGAUAAAAGGGUUCCUUGCUCAAGAUGUGCUGAGAAAAAUCUGCCAUGUGCGAGCAGAUAUGCCCGACGUUCAUCAAAAGCUGCGAACCGGUCCUCAAGCUCGCACAAAAAGACACCACUAGUCCAAGAGCCACAGCAUGAGCCCAUAAAUCAGGACACAGUACCAAAAGAAACAUUACCAGAGACAAAAAUCUGUCCCACGGAUACUCCCAUAGACCCGCAGUUUACGGGAGUGACACCAGGAAAGACUGGAUAUUCUGUACAAGAUUUACAUUAUACUGUCGAUGAUUUCGGACCUUCCCCAGGGGAAAGCCUUGGAGGCAUGGACCAUUCGAUGUUCGGAAACACAGACUCUAUGAAUGGUAACAAUAUCAACUACCAAGACCUCAUGACAUGGAGUCAAUAUCCCUUGGACCUUGAAUUAUACUCGAUGGGAUCCGAAAUGCCCAACAGUUUAGUAGCGCCCAGCUUCCUAGAGUCGAGUGAUACCUCCUCAAAUUCAGAGCCAAUAUUUUCUGGAUCUAUACAUCCAUCUCCAUCAAUGUCACAUACCAAGAGUGCGAGCAUUUCUUCCCAAUCAGAUGCAAAUCGCCCAGUCAAACUCAUCGACAUUGCGGUGCCAAUUUUGACCGAUAACAAUACCAUGGACUUCGAGCUUCUUAUAGCUGCAGAAUCGGCAUGGCCUCUUGCACGAUGUAAUCCUCGAAUGAUUCCCGGACCUUCAGCACGAACAGCUGUAGCAUACCUCGAGAAUCUGGAGCACAACUCGAAGCAUGAAGCCAUAUGGGAGUCAUUAGAUCACGAUGUAGAAUCAGCCGAGGUUCGAUACGGAAAUGGUAUAUCAGUUAUGCCCGUGAGUACGAGCACUAGAGACCGGAUAAUUGCCAUCACCCAAAGCUUCCUCCAUACAGCACUAGAAACGCAUCGAGGUGGUUUGAAAGCCUGGCCAAAAUCUUCAAAUUAUGCAAGUCCUGAUGCAGGGUUCAAUUUUCUCGUCCUACCUCCCUCAAACGCCUUGGAGUAUUUCCUCCGAAGUCACGUUCGCAGUUUAGCUCCGUAUUACACGCUGAUUAAUGGUGGCAACCUUGAUCCAAAUGAACUAAUGCUCAACAAUCAAACUUCAACUUUACUUCUAUUAUUAAUGAUAGCACACGGUGCAGCAGCUCUCCCAACCGCUGAAGCUAGAUGCUUGACAGCGGGGUUGACAGAAGCUUGUCGUAUAUCGCUUUCUAAGGUGAUUGAAAAGAAUGUUGAUUUAUCAGCUGACCCUGUGGUUUUUAAAUGCGCACUACUGUUCACUAUACUCGGAGCUUGGGGUGGAGAUGCUUCACACAUGAAUUUAGCUAUGGCACAACGAGGGAUGUAUCUUGCGAUGCUGAAGCAUACUGGCAUGUUGGAACCUCACAUACCAAUGGCACCUUCUUUCCACGAAGCCACAAAUACAGACAACCUGUGGAAAAUUUGGCUACAGAGAGAAAAGAAAAGCAGGCUGGUCUACAACUGGGUCAUGGUGGACCAGGAGCUGAGCUUGUUCCACGACACCGCGCCUAUCAUGUCGAUUACAGAACUUGAGACUCCAAUGCCUGGUUUAGAAUGCUUUUGGCUUGCCAAAGACUCAAACGAAUGGGCAACAAUUGUCCAGCAAACUUAUAUCGGCACUGAUUGGCUCUUAAAUCCGAAUUCGAUUGGCACACCGCCUGUUGAGCCGUCACUGUGUGGUCUCUUCCGAGACAUGCUGUCUGACAAUAUCGAACGUCGACAUGGCCAAUUAUCUCCACUGCAGCUGAAACUUCUUCUUCAUCCACUUCAUAGCUCAUUGUGUCAUCUUCAUCAAGCUUUGAGCUUUCACUCCGAAGUAUAUAGCUCCCGACAAGGAACUAGAACUGUUACAAAGGCAUCUAACUUACUACGUCUCGAGGAAGCUCAGUCAUUACUCCAGAAAUGGUAUGAUCUGUGCGAGUUCCAUGCCAAAAACAACCCAAAUUGCGAAAUUACUCGAGCCAAUCUCGUGCUGUAUCACCUAAUAAGCCUGAAUGCGGUGACUUUCUUCCCAGAGAUUGAGCGCCUAGCACGAAAGGAAGAUUUCAAUGGCACAAGCUUGGAGCUUUCUCUUCGUUACAAAAGAUGCAUAUACAAUUCAGGGGAAGCUCUUUUCCAUUGUGGACAAGUCAUUCGCCUCGUGACUUUGAUGCCAAAGGAAGGACGUCCGCGCUGGUGGUCGGUGGCUAUCUAUCGUGCUACUAUGAUCUUGUGGCUCGAAAGUGUAUCACGCAUUGAAACUUAUACACAAAGAUUUGAUAAAGGUCUGAUAUUUCCGAUUGAUGCAGUGGCACCGGAUCAUCCCUCUGUCAAAUCUUAUCUCUGGAACGGGGAAGGUACUCCGGUACUUAGCAAGGCCGACGGGCUCAAGAGCUCAGAUGUAUUACAAAUCCGUCUUAAAGUACCACUUUUCCUACUCCCCACCGUGCUUUGCAUUGCCUUUAGCGAGAUGUUGAAGAGAGCAGGACGCGAGAUUUACCGAGGAAAUUUUGGGAUCAGAUAUGAACUGGAGAAGGAUUGGGCCCUGAGAAGGCACUUGAUCUUGACAACCAUUCUUUGGUCCGAUCACGUGGUUUCUCGGAAUAAGGAUUUGCAUACCUCAAACCUUGGGAAUAAAGAUUUACCGAAGAAAUUCAUUCGUUUCAAGGCAUUCAUACGAUUCGAAACAAGGCGUCUAGGUCUCAGUCAGCCGUCUAUGCAAGCAGACCAUAUAUUAUUACCGGCUCGGGGGAAUACUAUCGAUACCGGAGCUGUAGCAUUGCCAGUCAGCCGCGGAAUAUUCUCCGAACAUUGGCAUAAUUACCUGGGCAACACUUGCCCUAUUGAAGUUACAGCCACCUGA